GAGGUUAUUAUCAUUUUGUCAUGACCAACAAUCGCAUAAGAAUUUAUCUGAAUACCCAAAAUACCGGAUUUUUUUGAGGAAACUAAUAGAAAAAAGUGCGGAAAGUGUGGAAGUGAUUUAUGUUAUAUAUUUCUACAUCAGUUUGACUAAGAACAAUUUUUCAAAUUAGAAUAACAAUAUAAAAUCUGUUGGAUGGAUAGAAAAGCUAUGAACGAUGUGGAUGGUAUACACGUAUGGGAUGAUGGCAAAAAUAACGAAAAAUAUGGCCUGGGAUACCAAAAUACCUUGAUGUAUGGCCGUUACAGCCAGCAAUUAGGAGAAUUCGCAAAAUUAGAAAGUCUCAAAGCCGCAGAAAAAAGAAGAAUUAAAGAAGAAAAGGCUAGAAAAAGAGAACUAAGAGGAUAUCAAGGCAAGGUAGCAAAAACUAUUUAUUUUCUAUGGAAGCACACAUUUGCACGGUUAGGGGAAGACUGGGUAUUUCUGGCCCUUCUAGGUAUUAUUAUGGCAGUACUGAGUUUCAUAUUGGAUAACGGAAUAUCCAUGUGUAAUACAGCUAGGAUAUGGCUUUACAAUGAUUUAACCAACAAUCCAGCGGCACAAUAUGCCUCGUGGGUGUGUCUUCCGGUAACACUUAUCUUGUUUAGUGCAGGUUUUGUCCACUUGGUGGCACCACAGUCCAUCGGUUCGGGAAUACCCGAGAUGAAAACUAUUCUUAGAGGUGUUGCGUUAAAGGAGUAUUUAACCUUCAAAACGUUACUGGCAAAAGCAGUUGGUCUUACGGCUACUCUAGGUAGUGGUAUGCCGCUAGGCAAAGAAGGACCCUUUGUCCAUAUAGCCAGUAUCACAGCAACGUUGCUGAGUAAGCUGGUAACUGGGUUUCAGGGUAUCUACGAAAACGAAAGCAGAACAACUGAGAUGUUAGCUGCGGCUUGUGCUGCUGGAGUAGCUAGUUGUUUUGCAGCUCCCGUCGGAGGUGUCCUGUUUAGUAUCGAAGUAACAACGACUUAUUUUGCUGUGAGAAAUUACUGGAGAGGCUUUUUUGCUGCCGUUUGCGGUGCAACCACCUUCAGAUUGCUGGCAGUGUGGUUUCAAAGUGCCGACACAGUCACUGCGGUGUUUAAAACCAGCUUUUACAUGGACUUUCCUUUCGAUCCUCAGGAAUUAUUUGUCUUUGCUUUAAUAGGGGCUUUUUGUGGACUGACUGGAGCUUUCUACGUCUGGGCCCAUCGACAGUACGUAAUGUUUAUGCGAAACAGCAAAACCAUUAAUGCAUUUCUUCAGAAAAAUCGCUUCCUGUAUCCAGGUAUCAUAGCCCUGUUGGUGUCCACAUUCACGUUUCCCCUGGGAACUGGACAAUUUGUAGCUGGCGAUCUGACUACCCAUAACCAGGUGGUGGCUCUUUUUAGCAACUUCACUUGGUCGAAAGCCAACCAUACCCCUAUAGAAGAAGGUAUAAUCAAGCAUUGGAAGACUGACUAUACUGGCGUGAUACUUAAUUUAAUCAUUUACAAUAUUUUCACGUUUUUAUCCUCUAUCGUUUGCUCAACUAUUCCCGUGCCCAGCGGCAUCUUCAUUCCCGUUUUCAAAAUCGGAGCUGGCUUCGGAAGGAUCAUGGGAGAACUCAUGCACAUCUGGUUCCCGCAGGGUAAGGGUAUGAGGUACGGGGGUAAUAUAUCUCAAAUCAUCCCCGGAGGCUACGCUACCGUAGGAGCUGCAGCUUUUUCCGGGGCUGUAACCCACACCAUCUCCGUGGCUGUGAUAGUUUUCGAAAUGACUGGACAAAUCACCCAUAUAGUUCCUAUAAUGAUAGCUGUCUUGACCUCUAACGCUAUAGCUAGUCUGUUGGCUCCCAGCAUAUACGACAGCAUUAUUUUAAUCAAGAAGUUGCCGUAUCUGCCUGAUCUUCUACCUAGUAGCAGUGGAAUAUAUAAUAUUUACGUAGAAGAUUUUAUGGUAAGAGAUGUCAAAUAUAUUUUCAACGGGAUGACAUAUGACGAUCUAAAACACACCUUGAAAGAAAACAGAAGACUUCAAAGCUUCCCGUUGGUUGAUAAACCAGAAAGCAUGGUCUUGCUGGGUAGCAUACCAAGAAUUCAACUUAUUCAGCUGAUAGAAAAGCACAUUGGCCGAGAACGCAGACUGCAAGUGGCAGCAAUCAGGCAACGGGAAGCCGAAGAGAAGGCAAGAGAAGAAGCAAUGAGACAGGCCGAAGAACGCAAACGAAGACCAUCCAGGUUCCAAGUCAGCCCGGCUCCAGAUAUGCUACAGAGACAGCUUUCCGAGAACCAACUGGACCAACAACAGCAUACUUAUACCCCCGUUUUUGGUACUCAGCCGAAAAAGUCUAUAUUGAAGAAGACGAAUUCCUUUACGUUAAAAGGUUUUUCUCCGUUUGUUAGUACCAGUCCUGGAUCAACUCCUUACACUACCGUGACAGGAGCCGAAAGCAGAAUAAGAUCAGCUUUUGAAGCUAUAUUUAGAAAAUCAGCCCAACUCCAAGACGUUCACAAUGCUGAUAGCCAGCAAAUCAUUGAUACAGACGAAAAAACACCUCACAUUGUUCCCAUAAGUCCAACUACGUCUAAAAAAGUUCAGUUGCCCAAAGAACGAGUGUGCGAUAUGUCCACUGAAGAUCAAAGAAUUUGGGAAGAAGAACAGAUGGAUCUGCCGGCUAAUUUUUCAACCUGUCAUAUCGACCCCGCCCCAUUUCAACUCGUUGAAAAAACUUCACUCCUAAAAGUUCAUUCGCUUUUCUCCAUGGUGGGGGUAAACCAUGCAUAUGUCACCGCAAUAGGAAGGCUGAUUGGAGUGGUUGGCCUUAAAGAGCUGCGAAAAGCCAUAGAAGAGGCAAACAGUGGAAAUUUACCAUCGGCAACCAGUACAGACCCUACCAGUAAUGGAACGAUCGGCGUCAAUGACGUAAAAGAGCCCCUAGAUGAUGCAGAUGCCGGGACACAACUAGUUUCGAAAGUGUAAACUACCAAAUUAUUAUCAGGAAGUGAAUUAUCACAUACAGAGAAAUCAGCAGAUCUCUCAGAAAUCGAAGUUUUAUCGAUUUAUAUAACAAUUCGACAAAGUAAGUUAUCAGAAAAACUGAUCGAAGA